GCGAUCUCUUGGUUUUCUUGGUACAGUCUAGCUGCCAUACGAUCGAGCACGUCCUAUUCGGCACCCAUGGACACGAUACACCCUGCCGAGCCCAAAGCUCUCGGGUUCCAGCACACCGCUGCCGCGGCGGACUGCGAGCUUGAAAAGAACGCGGCGGUGUCGCCGGCCGGAACCGACAUCGAGGCGGUUGCUUCGUCCAACGAGGGUGACGCCGGGGCAGAGCACGACAAGACACCCCUUCGUCGGCCAGACGAGACCGAGCUGACACCGAAUGAGGCCUUCAAAUGGAACGUGGAUGGCGACCAAUCUCCUUUCCCGGAGGUGGCGGCCUGUGUCCCGAACACAGAUGAUCCCACUAUGAAGUGUAACACAGCACGAGCGUGGAUACUCACCACCGUGUUUGUGGUACUGUUCUCGGGCGUCAACCAAUUCUUCAGUCUGCGUUAUCCGUCGCUCUCCAUUGGCUAUGUGGUUGCACAGCUUCUUGUCUACCCCAUCGGCAAAGCAUGGGAGCGCCUCCCUCGGUGGCGUGUUCCUCUUGGCCGCUUCAGCUUCGACAUCAACCCGGGCCCCUUCACUGUGAAGGAGCAUGCCUUGAUCGUGAUCUGUGUUAGCAUCAGCGCAACCACCCCCGGGGGUGCUUAUGCUGCUGGCUCCCUCGUCGCCAUCACCAGCCCUGUCUUCUGGAACCGCGACUUUGGCGCAGGGUUCUCCUUUCUCUACUUGCUGACGACACAGAUGAUCGGGUUUGGCCUUGCUGGGCUGUGCCGACGGUGGCUGGUGUAUCCUGCCGCGCUUAUCUGGCCGUCGUCGUUGUCUUCCACGGUCUUGUUCCGCACCCUCCACGAGCCACAAGACCACUCUCCCGCAAACGGGUGGACGCUUACGCGAUACCGCUUCUUUGCUUACUUUACCAUCUUUGCCUUCGUCCUCUUCUGGUUCCCGGAUUAUAUCUGGACGAGUCUCGGCACCUUCGCUUUUAUUACCUGGAUCGUACCGCACAACCAGAAAGUCAAUGCUCUCUUUGGGAUGAACUCGGGACUUGGCCUGCUGCCCAUCAGCAUCGACUGGACUCAGAUCAACUACGCUGGAUUCCCGCUGAUGACACCGUUCUAUAUUACCUGCAACGCCUUCGCUGUGGUCGUGCUCUUCUACUUCAUCCUGGCGCCCAUCUUGUACUACACUAAUGCGUGGCAGAGUGCCUAUCUUCCUCUCCUGUCGUCCAACACAUUUGACAACACCGGGAAGGUGUACAACAUAUCCCGCGUGGUCGACUCCAACCUGCGCUUCGAUUUGGCGAAGUACCAAGCAUACUCACCUAUGUACAUAUCCACAUCGUACUCACUCACGUAUGCGCUCUCGUUCGCUGCGGUUACCGCCAUCAUCGUCCACACAUACCUUUACAACGGCGCCGAGAUCUGGGCGAAGUUCAAAGACGCACGCCACGGCGGGGAAGACAUCCACAAGCGGCUGAUGCGCAGUUACAAGGAGGUCCCAGACUGGUGGUACCUGGCGCUUACCGUCGUCGUUCUCGGGCUCGGCAUCCUAACCGUGAGAUACUGGGACACGGGCCUGCCAGUGUGGGGCUUCAUCGUCGUCUGCUUUGGCAUCGGCGUCGUAAUGAUCAUCCCGGAAGGCAUCUUGGAAGGCACCACUAAUCAGAGAAUAUUCCUCAACAUCAUCACCGAGCUCAUCGCCGGAUACGCCUGGCCUGGCAACGCAAUUGCCAACAUGCUUGUCAAGUGCUACGGGUACAACUCCGUUAAGCACGGGAUGGACUUUGCCCAGGACUUGAAGCUGGGCCAGUACAUGAAGAUCCCCCCACGUGUCUUGUUUGUGGGACAGAUCUACGCGACGAUUCUGGCGACCAUGACACAAGUCGGUGUGCUGCGUUGGAUGCUGGGACAUAUCGAGGGUCUUUGCGAACCGACGAAUACCAACAGGUUCACCUGCGCCGGUGCGCGCGUUUACUAUAACGCGAGCCUAAUCUGGGGCACAAUCGGGCCGCAGCGCAUGUUCCAGCUUGGGCAGGUCUACAACGCGACCGUCUACUUUUUCAUCAUAGGGCCUGUCGUCACCGUGCUCGUGUACAUGCUGUACCGCCGGUACCCUAACAGCUGGAUCCGAUAUGUCAACGUCCCGAUCUUUUUCAACGCCGCCGGCAACAUACCACCUGCCAACACCACUCAAUACUCCCUCUGGUUCAUCUUCGGGUUCCUGUUCAACUAUCUAAUCCGGAAGCGGGCUUUUGCCUGGUGGAAACGAUACAACUACCUGCUCCAAGCCGCGAUGGACACGGGGACGGCCCUGGCAACGAUCAUCAUCUUCUUUUGCCUCAGUUACACCAACACCACGCUGAAGUGGUGGGGUAACACUGUUGGGUCAAACACAGAUGACGCGAAUUCGGUGCCGUGGCUUAAGGUCCCCGAAGGAGGCCAUUUUGGCCCGGGCCCGGGAGAGUUUUGAAGAGACAGCGUUUGUUUGGGGAGGGACCUAUCCUUAGGGAGAGGCAGAGUGGCUGUGAGGCACUCAACACACGUUAGGCUACACCCCGUAGCUCUAGCAUCUAGCAAUAGUGUUUAACGUAGCAUGAAGUGCUUUACCUGUUCGUCCCUUAUAACGUACGGAGAAGGGGAAAAAUACUCGCUACGGAAUGUCUUUGAAGAGACGGCCUUUUACCGUACCCCCUGGCUUCCCAUACCGUACCAGGUAACCGCACCCACACAUAACUCUCCCUCGAUUCCACAGUCGGGCUCUC